CUCUAGUACAAAGAUGUCUACUGUUCAAGCUCUGACGCCAGUCGUCUGUAAUUCCUGAAUUUUGUUAAAGGAUUUUCCGGGUGUUUGCUAAUAUUUUAUUGAUUUUUAGCGUUGUGUACAUGCUACUUCUUUUUUGUGUUAAUUCUGAGUGCUCUAUUUCGGCUACAAUUUGAUUUAUUUAGUGAGAUACUGUUGGAUAUGUUGUAUCGAUUAUAAUUUUACGUGUGCAUUAACGAUAUGUCCGAAUAGAAAAAAGUACGUGGUCUCAAAUACGUUUAGAAGAUGUAAUCGUGAUUUUUAGUUGAAUUAUGUGUAAAAACAUUGGAAAGAGAUGUGAGUGUUUUGUGUAAUGUGCCGACUGCUGGAGCUACUGGGUGUGUAGUGUGCGACUGCCGGUGGGCAUCUUAAAGAUGAGCAAUCGCACUAACGCCAAUGAAAAGCAAUCCAUUCCUAAUUCAAGGGAACGGAAUAGCCCAAAUCAGACGGAGAAACGAGAUAGCUCCCGUCGUUUCCCAUUCGACCACAUCUACGCACGUCAAGUCGAUAGUGCUGAGGCAAUACCAGUUCGGCCAGAAAUUGCGGAGGAAGGCGCCCCGAGUGCUGCUGCAGACAAUGAUCUGGAGACUGCUGCUAAUGAUUUACCUAGUAACUUGAUUACUACACCCACAUACACCCCUCAUUCACAAAGCGCUGAAUGGAGGCCCGAAAGACAGGAAGAUAAUGUAGAGGCUAAUUACCAACAAGCCACUGUAGAAGUCACUGGAGGCUCGACGGAAGUUAAAGAAGAAAGCACAGUCACAAUAUCUAUCCAUGAUGAGGAAACGCUACAAUUGCCUCCUCUGCGCCCCACUGAUGAACCCAUAGCUGCAACCGCCAGCUCAUCGGCUGAUACUGAUGUGGCAACAAGUGCUGGAAAUGUGGUAACUAUUUGUGCUACAAACCAAUCUACUAGCGAACCUGAGCAAUUAGAUGAGUCGAUAGAGUUACCAAACCAGUUCAUCACAGACGAUGACAAUGAUUUAGAUACAGACAAAGUUAAAAAACUCUCUGAAAGAUUACUGGCAGUCUAUGCACGUAUGAAGAACUCUGAUAACAGGGGCCCGCAACCAGUGCCAUUGGACUUUACGACGCAAUACGUCUUACCCCCAAUCCCUGCGGUGGUGGGUGUGGAACAAUUGUCCCAGGCUUCUGCUUUAGAACCAACUGCAGCUGUCGAGAGACCAGACAAUGAAGUAGAAUUGUUUAGGAGGCUCGGCUUCAAUCAAGGCCCAAAUGAAGUUCUCGAUAUUCACCAUCUGUCGCAUAGCUUUGUGCUGACAAACCAGUUCAGACAGCUGAGGGAGCUGCUGGUGUACCAUCUGGACCUCAUACAGAAUCUGAACGAGACCAUUACAUCCACUACCAAGUUGUACCAAGACCUAAAAGAAGAAAAUGAUACUCUCAAGAACGUUAUAAAACGUAAGGCGCUACCUGGCAGCCCUCAGUUUGCGUUGAGCCACGCGGGAUCACGACACGCGGCAACCACCUCCACCAUCACCACCACUGUCACAUCUGGCGCCACUUCCACCCUUAGCUCUAUGCUCGCCCCGACGAGGCCUCAUAGCACUUCUGAGACGGCGGUAUCACAUCGCGACACAGCUACCAUGAGGAGAUUGUUGGCAACCGGGCGGCCGGAUGUGGCCAGAUUCUCUGCUGCAGGAUAA